AUGAAGUCGUACUUCCAUAUAGUUUCUCCAGGAAGGAAGACUCAGUGGGUUCUCACGCUCACCUGCCUCUUUUCACUCGGCAGAAAGAAAACCAUUUGGUUCGGGUUCACUCCAUUUAUCAUCGGAAUCAUUCUUCAGACCGGCAGUUACAGUGUCGUUCAGCUUGGUAGCUUUAUAUCGGGUUUGAGAACAGGUCUUGAAACUAGUACUGUUCCUAUUUUCCAAGCAGAGAUUUCUCGUCCAGAUAAACGUGGUAGCCUGGUUGCUGCCGAGCCUCAGAGCGUGGCAUUUGGUAUUACUGUUUCUUAUUGGAUUGGCUACGGCUGCAGCAAACGGUUCGACCAGCCUUCUUGGAGAUUUCCUGUUGGUAUCCAAACGCACUUCGCUAAACUCGCUUUCUCGCAUCAACAUGUUUCGACUGACGACCCAAUGGUGGUGGAUCUCAUUGACCAAAUUCUGUAUCUCCAGGAUGUGGAAGGAGAAGGUGAUAAGAUCAGCUGGGGAAUGAUUCUUAGUGGAAAGGAUGCCAUGCACGGCCGGUACAGAAUAUUUUUGGCCGCGAUGGUGCAGUUCUGGAACCAGUUUGGAGGUAUUAAUAUGGUGGUGUAUUACGUUCCUCUGGUGUUAGAAACUAACGUUGGUCUGUCAACAAAUAUGUCUACAAUUCUCGGUGGUUGCAUCAUGGUCUGUUUCUUUGUACUGGCCAUGAUCGGUAGUUCUCUUGGUCAAAUGGGAUCUGUGCUUUUGAUUACGGUGCUGUUGAGCGUCGGUGGAAAGAGCUGUUCCGCGGGUGCAGUGGUUUUCUUCUUCGCCUACAUUGCAUUUUUUGCGGCAACAAUGAACUGUGCUUCGUGGGUUUAUGCGGUUGAAAUUCUUCCAUUCGGUGUUGCUGCCAUCAUGUUCUAUUUCUUCUGUCCUAAGACCUGUAACCGGUCGCCGGAAAACAUUGAGAACACUUUCUUGUAUCAAAACACAAUGUUCUACGGAGUUAACGACUUCAACAGAAACCCAAUCAGCAUGGAUGAGAAGGCUGUAGCCCAUACUGACCACGCUGAACAUGUAGAGAAGUCGAAAAAGUUGAUGGAGGAUGUUUGA